AGCAAAGAGAGAAGAAUGAAAAGAGGCUCUGCAUCAUCCACUCCAACACAACAUGAGAUGAUGAAACUCACAUCAUAUGGAACCUGAUAACAAGCUGUUCCUUCUUCUGAUACAUUUUUCACUUCAUCAACAUUACACCAAUCCUCAUACCCUCUUUUGUAGGAAACUUGUGAACUAUGGAUCCCAAGAAAACCAACUAGUUACUCAGGAUUUAAGCGCCUGCAGUCGGGAAUCCCUACAUUCACCUAGUCAGCUAAAAAAAAUUUGAAGCCAUGUCUAGCGUUCGAUUUUGAUAAAAAAGUAUGAGUUGAUUGAUCUUAAUUGUACGGCCCAGAUAUUGUGAACUCGUGAAUGUAGGGUAUUCUCGACUCUUCAGGUAACACAUCAAUCAAAAAGGGACUUGCAUAGUUUCCACUUUCCAUUGGUAAAAUUUGACAUAGAAAUUCUUUCUUCCUAUAUCCCUUAUUUCCUUGCAUUGUUGACUAUUUUGAGCCACAACAUUUGCAACACAAUUUGUUUAAGUGACCAAAAUGGGCCUAUCAAGUCUCCCAGCACCUUCUGAAGGAGUGUUAUGUAUAAUUCUGGUGAACACUGCAAUGUCAAUAUCUAUAGUUAAAGCCAUUUUUAGGACAUUCCUUCACAUUGUUGGUAUCCAUGUUUCAUCACCCUCCCCUCCAACAGAAAACUCCCAAAACCCACCUGAUCCAUCUGAGUUCCAAUAUCUCAGUCCCUCAGAGGGUUUCAUUGAAGACUUCAGAAGCAAGACACCAACGCUUAGGUUUGAGAGUGUGUGUAGCAGUUGCAAACAACAACCUGAACAUGAGUGUUCAGUGUGUCUCACUAAAUUUGAACCAGAAUCAGAGAUAAACUGUUUACCUUGUGGCCAUCUCUUCCAUAAAGCAUGCUUGGAGAAAUGGUUGGACUAUUGGAACAUUACGUGCCCACUUUGCAGGACUCCCUUAAUGCCUGAAGAUGAUGCAUCUUGCUUUUGGUAAGCAAUGAGUGAUCAUGCUAAAUAGAAUAAGAGAGUUUAAUGUACAGUGUAGGGUGUACAUAUUUGUGACAAUUUUGAUGUUCUCAUGGAGCUGACUUAUAGAGUCAAUUUAACCUUUUGCUCUUUAUGAUGUAGAGCUUGUAGAGGGUUUUGUUCUUAGUUUCUCUGUACCUGGUGGAUAUAAUUUCUGGUUGGUUAGUUGUGUUUGAUUCUGGUAAGUAGACAUUGUAGCAAUACACGUGGGAUUCAAGUGAGAGGAUUUCAUGUUCA